AUGUCGAAAACCGUCACUCCAUUCAGCGGCCAGCUCAUUACAUUCUCCACCUCCGUACCCUUUGCGGAGGUGACCGCCCGCCUUGAAGCCGCGGUCCACAAGCCCGCUGCGAGUGCCCAGUGGUUCCCGACGAUGCGAGCUGCAAAGUCUAAGGAGGACGUCGCUAAAGGGUUACACGAUAUCAUUGGGGAUGAUGAUUUUAUCUAUUUCUUACAACUCCCCCACAACUGGGUGAACUUUUACAAACCUGGGACUGGCUCCGUGGUCGUCUAUGUUAUCGGAAACCCUGUCAUCGCUCAAACUAUGAUGGUGGAGGACAUCCGCGCAUCAUUCAAUAUUCCUCCUCGUGUAUUGGUGGUCGAGAAAGAAAAUGGUGCAGGAACGGAGGUACAUUACCAUCUUCCAUCAGCCGUCUAUGCUAUAUCCGACAACGCAGCUCUGAAAGCUGCAGCUGAAUCCUUGGACGGAAAACUCGAGGCCCUCAUCAGAAAAGUGAUAUCAGAGUCACCGGAUUCAUCCUCUUUAUAA